AUGGAGCCUCUUCGGGUGAUUCUCAUCGUGAUGAUCCUCCUGACUUGGCCCUCGGUUCAGGGAAGGCUGAAGAAGUGCUGCCCGCGUGGCUUCGAGUUCAGUGUAAUCGUGAAUGAAGAGGGAAGACAGUCGUACGACUGCAUGCCCGAUCGUGAGAAUAUCACAGUGUUCAAUGACGAGGAUUUCUUUGGGGAUUUUUCCGCUGGUGUUGAGAAAUCGAGCUUUCCCACCUGCUCGGAGAGACGCCUGCAACUGUUCCGCUUCACGCGAGAGCUUAUUUCCGUGUCACCCAACAGCUGUGUGGACGUCAUUCAGGGCGACUACAUCCUUCUCACGUGUUCUUCAAAGCAACCCAUUCCCGAUGCCCUCACAGUGCUCAGUGUGCGGAAGUGCUGCGGUCAGGACUCUAUAUACGAUACCAAAGUUCGAGAGUGUGUCUUCCCAUCUGACGCACCCCUGUUUGAGAAUAGUUCAUUGCGAAGUCUGCUUCCUCCCGGCUCUUCGCCCCUCUUCAUCCGCGGAGUUCCGCAGUGUCAGAAGAGUGAAGUUAUGGUGAUGUACACUUCCAGUUCGCACGAGAUUGCCAUCUCCGGACCAACGCUAAUGAUCACUACCUUCGAUCGGGGACGUCCUGUGACGGAAUACGUUGAUCCUGACGCUUUCUGCUUGGACAGUUCUCCAACAUUGGAGGAUGACUCGCGCUGGAUGGUGAGAGUGUGUCAGCACGAGAACAUCUGCCAGAGGAUUCCCUGCGUUCGGAAAUGCUGUGGCCACGAGGAGAAGAUGGCCAAAGUGGAUGGACGCGGAACUUGUCUCUCACAUCCCGUGGAUAUUUUUCCCAUUUUCCACAUUCUGGAUGGAGAGGAAUUUCCCGAAAUCGAUCCACCAACUUUUCAACCCAAAGAAUUCGGAAUCCGUCAUGGGCAGGAGUGCGAGAAGUAUAUCUUGGACGCAGCGGGCGACCCUCGGGACAACCACUAUUUCAACUCAAAGACUGGAAAUGUGCACUUGGACAAUUUGGAUCCUAUCCCAGAGACCGGCUACUGUGUGGACUAUGUCGAGUUUGCACCUGAUUUCGUACAGCUGAGAACCUUUCUGUGCUUCGAAACACCGCCUGGACAUAGCAAAGAGCAUUUUAUGGUAUAUGCCAUUGGUUUGAGCAUUUCCUGUCUCUUCCUGGCCGCCACUCUUCUCGUCUACGCUUGUUUACCAAAGCUGAUGAAUCUCCAUGGCAAAACAUUGGUGAGUCACGUCCUGAGUCUCUUAAUUGCCUACGCUGGACUCUCCUACAUACAAUUUGGCACUGACUUUCAACCGAAAUUUUGUCACACUGUAGCCAUGUUCAUCUACUUCAGUUUCCUGGCGGCAUUUUCCUGGCUUAAUGUUAUGUGUUUUGACAUUUGGUGGACUUUUGGAACCGUGAGGAAUUCAAGAGGCAUGAGGAAAACUCGAGAUGCUUGGAGAUUUGCGUGCUACUCUUUUUAUGCCUGGGGAAUUCCUCUUGUCUUGACUCUCUUCACCUAUGCUGUGGACAGUUUCCAAUGGUUCCCUGAAGAAUAUCGGCCAAAUAUGGGAGUCAGAUCGUGCUGGUUCUCCCAGUCCAAUGGUCUGGGCCACAGACUAUUUUUCCUCCUUCCGGUGGGCAUUCAAAUAGUGGCCAAUGUGGUGCUGUUUGUCCUCACGACGAUUCACUGCAACAAAGUCAAGAGUGAAAUCCAUCGAAUGCAGAAGAACGAUUCUGAGAAGAAGAAGCGCUUCUUUGCUGACAAAGCGCGUCUCGUGAUGAAUGUUAAACUCUUCAUCGUGAUGGGAGUGUCGUGGUUCAUGGAGCUCCUGGCCACAAUAUUCAAGGAGCCAAUUGAGAUGUGGUACGUCUCGGAUGCAUUCAAUGUGCUGCAAGGCGUGUGUGUCUUCUUAAUCUUCGUUUUCAAGCGGAAUGUCCUGCAAGCUAUUAAGAGACGCUUCGGAAUGGUUGCAAAGUCAAGCCGAGAGGCCACAGCAGCCACCACGAAAACCACUAUCACCGGAUCGGCACAGCACAUCUGUUCCGACCCACAUUCGCCGAGAUAUGGAAAGCUCAGCAAAAAUUCCAGUAGUUCGUCUGUAACAAUUUCCACCACCAACAAUUGCCGCAAGUUCUAAACACAUGACUUCAAAGAAUCUAAUGAAUUACCAUCUUACUUACUGUAUAAGCUUUUCUGUGUUUAUUCACAAGUAUUUUAGACAAGCAUUGUGACCGAUGUGUCUUGUGAGGAUGAUGGAGAAAUGAGAAUGAGUAAUAAAAGACGUGUUACAUUUAUGA